AAAAAAGAAAUUAUUUUUGAAACUCAGAUCUGCGCCGGACACUCUCACGCUACACGCUCCUAUCGUUACCUCCAUUCACGCGCUCUUUCAUUUCGUCUUCGUCACAGAAGCAAUUAGACAUAAAGAGUGUAGAGGGAAGCAAAAGUAACAUUUCCCAAACCAAACUAGGGUUAGGGUUAUCCCUAAUCCGCAUAAAGAUUUUUUUACACGCUCUAUUCUUGCUACUUAAUUAUCAAAUAUGGGCGCACCAACAGACUCAGCCCUCGAUCUCGAUGAACAGAUCUCGCAGCUCAUGCAAUGUAAGCCACUUUCGGAGCAGCAGUUGAUUUUGAAAGAACUUGGUGUAUUUGCACGAGAACUUUUGUGUGUUCGCUGCAAGACUUUUCUACGUUUUACUUGUAUUGUUUCAGGUCAGAGCAUUAUGCGACAAGGCAAAGGAAAUAUUAAUGGAAGAAAGCAAUGUCCAGCCUGUAAAAGCCCCUGUUACAAUUUGUGGUGAUAUUCAUGGGCAGUUUCAUGAUCUUCAAGAACUUUUUCGAAUUGGGGGGAAGUGUCCGGAUACAAACUACCUGUUUAUGGGAGAUUAUGUGGACCGUGGGUACUAUUCUGUUGAAACUGUUACGCUGUUGGUGGCUUUAAAAGUCCGCUACCCCCAGCGGAUUACCAUUCUCAGGGGAAAUCAUGAAAGUCGCCAGAUCACUCAAGUUUACGGGUUUUACGACGAAUGUCUGAGAAAGUAUGGUAGUGCUAAUGUUUGGAAGAUCUUUACAGACCUUUUUGACUAUUUUCCAUUAACUGCUUUGGUGGAGUCAGAAAUAUUUUGUCUGCAUGGUGGGUUGUCCCCAUCAAUUGAAACGUUGGAUAAUGUAAGAAACUUUGAUCGUGUUCAAGAGGUUCCUCAUGAAGGGCCCAUGUGUGAUUUAUUGUGGUCUGAUCCAGAUGAUCGAUGCGGUUGGGGUAUCUCGCCACGUGGCGCUGGAUAUACUUUUGGUCAGGAUAUAUCUGAACAGUUCAACCAUACAAACAGCUUAAAGUUGAUUGCUAGAGCUCAUCAACUGGUUAUGGAUGGAUUUAACUGGGCGCAUGAACAAAAGGUAGUUACUAUAUUUAGCGCCCCAAAUUAUUGUUAUCGCUGUGGGAACAUGGCAUCAAUCUUGGAAGUUGAUGAUUGCAAGAAUCAGUCAUUCAUCCAGUUUGAGCCAGCUCCAAGGAGAGGAGAACCUGACGUUACCCGUAGAACGCCUGAUUACUUCCUCUGAAUCUGCUACAUGCCAUAACUGAUUCAAGAUACUCCGCUUUUCGGCCUUUCUUCUCCCCCUUUACAUUGUCAGGUAGUUGUCGAUCCUUCACAGAAAUCUUUUGCAUCUGCUGUUCUUUUGGUGAUUGGGGGGGUGGUGGUACCAAAAGCAUACAUGGGAAUGGGUUGGGGUUAUGAACUUAUGAUCUAUAAUCAUCGAGUUGAUCAAUUUAUCUUACACUUGGAUAUUCUGUUGAAGAGAUUGUCAUAGCUGGUGAAACUCUGACACUAUCAGAAUGUAAAUUUUUGUGUUUGUUUUUGAUUAUCUGUUCUCUUUUUCUUUUGGCUUUAACCCAUCUUUUUGGAGCUCUGGGGCUCUGUAAUCAAGAUGCAUAAGUUCAAUA